UCCACUGAUACACGUACGUAGGUGGCGCUUUACCAUGCGCUUAUAUACAGUGCGGUAUUCAGUAUUUACUGUAUAGUAUUGAAUUGUUGUAUUUACGUGGUGAAUUCGUUUGUUUAUGAGAAUAAUAAGUUGACAAGAAGCACAGGAUGGCAGUCCCGCCAGUUUCGUUAUCAACGAGGAAUAAAAAACACUUCCUUGGUGUCCCAGCACCUCUGGGAUACGUAGCUGGUGUAGGCAGAGGAGCUACUGGAUUUACAACUCGGUCUGAUAUCGGUCCAGCUCGAGAUGCUAACGAUGUUUCGGACGAUAGACACGCUCCACCCACAAAAAGAACGAAGAAGAAAGAGGAAGAAGAGGAAGAUGAGGAAGAUUUGAACGAUUCGAAUUAUGAUGAAUUUUCAGGAUAUGGUGGGUCCUUGUUCAGCAAGGACCCGUACGAUAAAGACGACGAGGAGGCUGAUGCUAUCUACGAGGCUAUUGACAAACGAAUGGACGAAAAACGUAAAGAAUAUAGAGAAAAGAGGCUCAGAGAAGAGCUGGAGAGGUAUCGUCAAGAACGACCUAAAAUACAACAGCAGUUUUCCGACUUGAAAAGGGAAUUGGUGAACGUGACCGAGGAAGAGUGGAAAAAUGUUCCAGAGGUCGGCGAUGCCAGGAAUCGAAAGCAAAGAAACCCGCGGGCAGAGAAAUUCACGCCUUUACCAGAUUCCGUCCUCGCACGGAAUCUGGGCGGUGAAACGGCAAACAGUAUAGAUCCGUCGAGCGGUUUGGCAUCUAUGAUGCCUGGCGUAGCGACCCCGGGAAUGUUAACGCCGACGGGAGAUUUGGAUCUGCGAAAAAUUGGACAAGCCAGAAACACUUUGAUGAACGUGAAACUGAAUCAAGUUUCAGAUUCCGUCGAAGGCCAGACGGUCGUCGAUCCUAAGGGUUACCUUACAGACUUGCAGAGCAUGAUUCCAACGUACGGUGGCGAUAUUAAUGACAUUAAAAAAGCUAGAUUGUUGUUGAAGUCUGUGAGAGAGACAAACCCGAAUCAUCCGCCAGCGUGGAUAGCUUCUGCUCGUUUAGAAGAAGUUACAGGGAAAGUGCAAGCUGCACGAAAUUUAAUAAUGAAAGGCUGCGAGGUGAAUCCUACGUCGGAAGAUUUAUGGCUCGAAGCGGCUAGACUCCAACCUCCGGACACGGCUAAAGCAGUGAUCGCUCAAUCUGUACGGCAUAUACCAACGUCCGUUCGCAUUUGGAUAAAGGCAGCGGACUUGGAAACGGAAACGAAGGCGAAGAGAAGGGUCUAUCGUAAAGCAUUGGAACAUAUUCCGAACUCCGUUCGAUUAUGGAAAGCGGCGGUAGAAUUGGAAGAACCAGAGGAUGCGCGUAUUUUGUUGAGUCGAGCGGUCGAAUGCUGUCCGACGAGCGUCGAUUUGUGGCUUGCUCUCGCUCGUUUGGAGACUUACGACAAUGCCAGGAAAGUGCUUAACAAGGCGAGAGAAAAUAUCCCAACAGACAGGCAGAUCUGGACGACCGCCGCGAAGUUGGAGGAAGCAAACGGGAAUAAGCACAUGGUAGAGAAAAUCAUUGAUCGCGCGAUAUCGUCUUUAAGCGCGAACGGAGUAGAAAUUAACAGAGAGCACUGGUUCAAAGAAGCCAUGGAAGCUGAAAAGGCUGGGGCAGUGCAUACGUGCCAAGUUAUCGUUAAAGCAAUUAUUAGUUUCGGAGUGGAAGAAGAAGAUAGGAAACAUACGUGGAUGGAAGACGCGGAAACCUGUGCUCAACAAGGGGCAUUGGAAUGCGCCAGAGCAGUUUAUGCUUACGCAUUGUCGACGUUUCCGAGUAAAAAAUCAAUUUGGCUACGUGCAGCUUAUUUCGAGAAAACCUACGGAACGCGAGAAUCUCUGGAGUCUUUGCUUCAGAGAGCAGUCGCCCACUGUCCGAAAAGCGAAGUGCUAUGGCUCAUGGGUGCAAAAUCAAAAUGGUUGGCGGGCGACGUUCCAGCAGCGAGAGGUAUUUUGUCUCUCGCGUUUCAAGCGAAUCCGAAUUCUGAGGAGAUCUGGUUAGCAGCCGUGAAGUUGGAAUCAGAAAAUUCUGAGUACGAAAGAGCCAGGCGUUUGCUCGCGAAAGCAAGGGCAUCCGCACCGACACCGAGAGUAAUGAUGAAAAGUGCGAAAUUGGAAUGGGCUUUGGACAAUCUCGACGCAGCGUUAUUGCUUCUAAAAGAAGCUCUAGAGGCCUUUGACGAUUUCCCGAAAUUAUGGUUGAUGAAAGGACAGAUAGAAGAACAGCAGGGGAAUUUGGAUAAAGCUUUGGAAACGUACAAUCAAGCCAUAAAGAAAUGUCCCAAUUCCAUUCCAUUGUGGCGGUUGCUCGCGCAGUUGGAACACAGAAAGGGUCAAGUUACCAAAGCCAGAUCGGUUCUGGAGAAGGCUCGCUUGAAAAAUCCAAAGAACGCUGAGCUUUGGUUGGAAGCUAUUAGGAACGAAUUAAAGUCGGGCGGUGUCAGAGACAUGGCGAACACGCUCAUGGCAAAAGCACUGCAAGAGUGUCCAACGUCCGGUUUAUUAUGGGCAGAGGCCAUCUUCAUGGAACCACGCCCACAGAGAAAAACGAAGAGCGUCGAUGCUUUGAAAAAAUGUGAACACGAUCCUCACGUCCUCCUGGCGGUGUCUAAGCUAUUCUGGUGCGAGCAUAAAAUUUCCAAAUGUCGCGACUGGUUUAACCGGACAGUUAAAAUAGACCCGGACUUAGGGGAUGCAUGGGCGUACUUUUACAAGUUCGAGCUUUUAAACGGUACGGAGGAACAGCAAGAGGACGUGAAGAAACGAUGCAUCGCCGCGGAACCUCAUCACGGUGAAAAUUGGUGUAAAGUAUCUAAGAACAUAGCGAACUGGUGCCUGAGCAUCGAUCAGAUUCUGGUGUUAGUCGCAAAAGAUUUACCAAUUCCAAUAUAAUUAAUUUUCGAUCACGAUAAUUUAAGCAAAUUGUACAUACAAAGUAUUUUAUAAAACGUCUAUCUGUAAUAAUAGAAUGUUUGAGGUGUUAAAAUUA